AUUAGCAUAAGCACCUUUAGAUAUUACUCAUCACUGACCAGAUAAUCUGAAUCCAAAUUCCUGCAUAUUCAAAACAAAUUUGGGAAAUUUCUGUAUGUGUUGUUUUAUUGUUUGUAGAAUUUGAUUAUGGCUACUAUACCAUCAUAUCAAUUUUAUCCAAAAAAUAAUUUCUUGAUACACUCAUUCCAGAGCUCAGUCUCCAAAUUCCAUGGUGGAACAACCCUCCAAUUCUUUUACAGUUCUUCACUCCCCUCCAAGAAUCUAUAUUUUAGUUCAACCCAUGAUAAAAUCCACUCAGAUUCAUUUCCCAAGAGAAAACCACAAAAAAAACCCAAUCUUUUGCCAAAACAGAGAAACAAAAUGUGGAAUUUGGGUAGUGAAACACCCAUUUCACAGUCUAGUGAUAGGGAGAGGAUAUCUAGUAAUUCUUGGUUUGAUAAAUGGAAUAAAAUGGACAGGCCAAAUGGCGUGAGAAGGCCUCCAGCAGCGUUGCAUUAUAGGAAUAGUGGAGAUGUUUCGAGUUCGGAUUGUGAAGAACGAACUAGUACUAGUAGUGGUGGUAGUACAAUGGAGAGGAUUGUUGAGAAGUUGAAGAAGUUUGGGUACAUAGAUGAUGUUAGCGAGAAGAAUGGGAAUGCAGGAAGAGUGAUAGAAAAAGGGUCAGUAGAAGAUAUAUUUUAUGUUGAGGAAGGGUUAUUGCCAGAUACAAGAGGUGGGUUCUCAGAGAAGUCAUUGUUCAGGGAUGAGAGUAGUAAUGGAAAGGUGAGGUUCCCAUGGGAGAAAAAUGUGGUAGAGGAUGAGGAGAAGCGGAGUUCAGACAGACGAAAGGUUAGGAGUUUGGCCGAGUUGACUCUUCCUGAGUCGGAGCUGAGGAGGUUGAAGAACUUGGCUCUUCGGAUAAAGAACAAGACAAGGAUUAGCGGUGCAGGUGUUACACAACAGGUUGUGGAGACUAUUAGAGAGAAAUGGAAAACAUCAGAGGUUGUGAGGUUGAAGAUUGAGGGCGCUCCUGCCCUUAACAUGAAGCGAAUGCACGAGAUUUUAGAGGUCAGCUCUCAUAUAAAUUUUAUAAAAUUCUACUGUUUUGUAGUUAAUAGCUAUUGUUAAUAAUAAAAGGUCACAAGGAUG